AAUAAAUAUUUUAUAUGACUGGGUAUAAUUAAAAAUGGUCUACGCUAGAAAAAUCAAAGAAAACAAAUUAUCGGCACGAAUGUUACAUAGCUUAAUAGGAAAUGACAUCACAGGUAACCGGUUUGAAAUAAUAAGCGGAAUUGGCCUCCAUUUUUUACUUAGCAAGUCAUAACGAAGCGAAAGCGGGUUAGGGCUUAAAGACGGGUUGUUUUGCUAGCGGCUGUCGAGCCCAUCUACCUGCAGAAUUCUCCCCGUCGGUGAACGGAAUGGAUCGUUCCAAGGUGGCAGACGAGUGAGAAAGACGAGUCUAAACAAUGAUCAUGGACGAAGACGACGACGACCAAUGAUUAUUUCAUAAACACUAUUCGAUUCAGGAGGGACGCUUCCAUUAGUCUGUGACGUUUUGAGGAAUUCCGAUAAGCGCUGCGCUUGCAAACAGUCGAUUCACUCUGCAUUGCGUCACCAGGUGAAAACGAAAGAUUCAACAAAUGAAGUCGCCUUAAUCUAAACAUGCUUAGAUUUCGGAAGAGGAGGGUAGUAGCCACCGUACUCUUAAUCAUGGUGUGCACCUUUAUAGCAUUCGUCAAUUACGCUAACGAAAACUUCGAAGAGUAUAACGAGAUCACGGACGUGUAUCGAUCCUCUCUAAUAGAUGGAAAGCUCCGUCCUUGGUUUUUAUCCUCGGAUAAGGGGGUAGAUAUUAAUUGCGACCCCUCCAAACUGUGGCCGGACGAAGAUUCCGGAGAUAGAAUUGUCAAUCAGUUAAUGUAUGUUCCCAAAGAGAAUAUUACCGAAAAAGUAAAGACUAUCUUACUGUAUUUUGGACGUGGAGGCUGGAGCGAUUUGCCAUUAGGUAGAAAAGUAUUUUUGAGAGAUAAAUGCCCCGUUAACGCCUGUUCACUAACGACCCAUGUCAGUUCUGCAGAAAAGGCGGAUGCCGUCUUUUUCAAGGACAGCUUCACUUGGCCCUUUCACAAAAGAUCUUCCGAGCAAGUGUGGAUAUUAUUCCUUUUGGAAUGCCCGCUGCAUACGCAAGACUUUAAAAAUCUCAGGAACGUUUUCAACUGGACGGCAACAUACAGGCACGAUUCCGAUAUCGUAGCACCUUACGAGAAGUACGUCUCUUACUCCGUAGCGCCAUCUGUUGUUAAGCCGAUCAACUAUGCCGCAAAUAAAACUAAAAAAGUAGCCUGGUUUGUUUCGAAUUGUGCUACAAAAAAUCAUAGGAAAGAAUAUGCCAUGGAACUGGCAAAACAUAUAAAAUUGGAUAUUUACGGUUCUUGCGGGCCUUACAAUUGUCCGCGACUCGACGCUAAAAAGUGUUUUGAUAUGCUCGAAAGAGAUUACAAAUUCUACUUAGCAUUCGAGAAUUCAAAUUGUAAGGAUUAUAUCACCGAGAAGUUCUUCGUCAAUAGUCUAGGGUAAGUAAAACAUAAAUUAUUUAUAUCAUAGUUUAGGGUUAAUAAAGAAACUGCAGAAUCGCAAUCCUACAUUUCAAAAUAAUAUACAGGUCUGGAUUUAGACUUGUUAUGGCCCUAAGCUAUAACAUAAUAAUAGGCCUUUUUCCUCCACCAAUAUAAUGAUAAAUGUAAAACUGUGAGGUUCUAAGCCUAUAGACUAGUAACGCGAGGUCCUAAGCUUCUAAGCUUCAGCUCACUUACCUAAUGCACAAAUCUUAGACUACACACACACAUAUAUACAUAUAUUUAAAAUUUUCUAUUAGAUUUAUACAAUGCUGAUUCUAGGAAUUGUCACCGAAAUCUAAAUGAAUCGUUGUACUCCUUGUACUAUCGAUAUAUAAAAAUUAAAUUUUAAUUUAUGAAUAGGGUAAUUUAUUAAUUUUACACGAUAAAGUUUUAAUUUUUUAAUAAUUACUCCGUACAGUCAUUAUUUACGUCACUAUUUUUCAAAUUUUGGCAUUUUAUUCACGCUUAGAACAACUGCCAGAUUUAUAACAAAUAUAAAGAUAUAUUCGGGUGUUAAAGUAUUCACCAAUUUAUUAUUUAAAUACAUAACAAGUUUAAAAACCAGCAAAAUAUGCUUUCAAAUUAAUUUAAUAUAUCCGUUAAAGGAAAAAAUGUCAAAUCCGCAGUUUUAUCGCCGAUGAAAUCGCAUUUUUAUUAAUAAAGUAAUGAUAAGAUUUCAAAAGAAAUUUCUAAAUUAGUGCGACAUUAUCUCAUUAAUAUUUUACAAAAUUUUCCUGGAAAUAAGAUAAAACAACGUCCUGUUUAUAA